AUGGGUACUAAAAAGUUGUCCUCAGGGGAAUUAAGUGAUUAUUUAUCUCAGUGUAGGGAACUUUUGUUAAAAUCCGAGAGUACACGAGUAGAUUUCGACAACGAAUCCCUAAAUGAUGAGGAUUAUAUGAAUUUGACUGGCAUUAAUAAACAAGAUUUUGAGGCACUGUGUUCACAGAUUCAUGGAUUAAGACAGAAGAAAUAUUCAAAGAAAACGGUUAUAGGGAUUCUUUUAACGAAACUUAGAACAGGUCUCUCAAGCACAGUGCUUAAGACGAUAUUUAACAUCAAGAAAAGCAAGUGCGUUUGUCAAAUUGUUAAACGUGCAAGAACAGUUUUGAUGGACCAGUUUGUUCCGAAAUAUAUGGGCUUAAAUCACAUUACAAGGGAUGAAAUCAUAUCAAAACAUACAACAAUAUUUGCCCGCGAACUUCUUGCAUCUGGUGACGACGACACUGCCAUAUUAUUAGUUGAUGGUACAUACAUAUACAUUGAGAAAAGUGCAAAAUAUAGUUUUCAGAGAAGAUCCUUUAGUAUGUACAAAGGUCGACCCCUUGUAAAACCAAUGAUGUUUGUUGCGUCUGAUGGCUACAUUGUUGAUAUCCUGGGUCCAUAUCUAGCGGAUGGCAAAAACAAUGAUGCUAAUAUUUUAAAUAAAACUUUGCUAAAAGAUGACGCUUUACUAAAUUGGUUAAAAGAAGAUGACAUUUUUGUUUUAGACAGAGGUUUUAGAGAUUCUUUAGAUGUAAUCGAGUCUGUAGGUUUGAGGUCCGAGUCACCAUAUUUUCUGGGGAAGGGGGAAAAGCAACAUUCACUAUUUGAGGCAAAUACGUCGAGAUUAGUAACCAAAAUAAGAUGGGCUGUAGAAUCUGCAAAUGGGAGGUUAAAAAGGUGGAAGUUUUUGGCAAACGUCGUGACAAAUACUCAAAUCCCAUUUAUUGGUGAUUAUGUCCGUAUUGUUGGUUCAUUAAUUAAUGCAUUUAGGCCAUCUCUCGCGAGUGACUCGGACGAUCAUCUUGAAAUAUCCCGUAAAAUGCUUGAAAAAUCCAAAAUUACUACAAAUCCUUUAAAAGACUUAUUCAUAAAUUCUUCUGGAAAACGUAUUUUAUCAAAUAAAAUGUCAAAAAUUGAUGCCGCUGAUGCUGUUCCCGACUUUCCCAAAUUGUCAGAAAACUACUUAAGAUCAUUAACAUUCGGAAUAUAUCAAAUAAAGCAAGCGUCUUCAUAUUCUCGCGAACAUUUGGAUGAGGAGGGGGGAUACGAAAUAUUCGUUACUAAAACUAUGUCAAAUAUUCUUCAAGCAAAAAUACAAUCACGCCAUGUCUCGUCAAAAUCGUACUAUUUAUGGAUACAAUUUGAUGCAUCAGACGAGGAAGAUCCCAUCAAAUACUGGUACUGUCAGUGUAAGUCUGGAGCACGGUUAGUGGGCAGCUGUGCGCAUGUUGCGUCGGUACUCUGGUACAUAGGAGUGCAGAGACACGCAGACACAGAGCUUCAGAGUCAGAUUAUGCCCGACAGCGUUCUGGACUGUGCAAAAGACACAGAUACCGACAUUUCAUCAUCUAGCAGUGAUGAUGAUUCAGAGAUUUAA